AACUUAGGCAACACUUGCAGCACUAGGUAUCUUAACUACACUGGUAGUUUCUGCCCUAUAUGAAAUACAACUUCAAAACGGAAAAUUUCACAGAAAAUCGAUAUGGUACCAAUUGAAGUGCUGUUACAAUACAGAUAUGUCGGAUAGAUCCGUACUCGAAGAAGCUUUUGCGAAGUUAUUAGUCAACGACGGUAUUUUCGACGAAUCUGCCUUGUCGACGUCACCAGUACAUUAUAAGCCUCUCAAAAAUAUAAGAGCACUGAGUGGUCAGUGCGUAUAUAACAUAACGGAUAUUCCGGACGAUAUUGAAGUUUUCGAGGACCUCGCGAAUAAUAAUAUUGAAAGAAAUUUUUCUGAAAGUCUGAUACAAAACGGACCUAAGCGACAGAACUCCACUACUCCAACUUCGCCAGAUAGCAAACGCAGAAAAAGCGUUACUUUUGCGGACUCCAAUGGAGGUGACCUCGUUGAAGUGCGAGAAUUUGAUAAUACAGUCGACCCGAUACAAAACUGUUUAUCGGACCAUGCAAGGCCUAACAGAGAGGCUUCGUGUCCAAAAUAUGUUCUUCAAUUUCCGCAACCGUGUGCCAACUUCUCUGACUUUAUGCGGAAGCUCUUCACACAGAAAGUAUGCCUGGAGAACGCACAAAUAAUAUCUGAAGAUAUUUUGAUAGGAACCUUAAAAGUUCAGAAUCUUUCUUUUGAAAAAUACGUCCAUGUACGGCUGACUGUGGACUCCUGGAAAUCAUUUUUUGACGUUGAGGCAAAGUUCUUACACAGCGAAAGCCCAGACGUUGACGUGUUUACAUUUCGAGUUCAAAUUACACCGGGCACUAAAAGCGUUCAAUUUUGUGUACGGUUUUGUUGUAACGGAAUGAGCUUUUGGGACAAUAAUGACGGUGCCAAUUACUGCGUUAACGAAAGAGAACAUUCUGGUUCUAAUAUUGUGUCGCGUAAUGAUGGUUAAUAUACACUAUACAGCAUGGAUCAUCAGAAAUUAACUAUGUUUUGUGUGUAACGAUAUGGGUAAACCUGUAUUAAUUAAGGCACUGUGCACUUCCACGUCUCGCUUCUUCCGUUUUGAAUAACGAUUUAUGUCUACAUUUGGUAAUUUUCUUGAUCGUUACCGUUCAUUUGUAAUGCAUAUUUGUGUGUGUUUUCAUAUUUUGUUUUACUUAAAGUAAUCGGUGCGAAUCGACACGAUUGUAAUUCCAUUUAAUUGUUCAUAUUCACAGCUAAAAAAGUUAUUAUCAAUCAGAUUGGAGCGACUAUAAACUAUCGCGACGAUAUUGUUUGCCCGGGAUUUCUAAAAUAAGUUCCAGAUUGCCUUGAAAAAGUUGUAUAUUGAUGUGGCACAAUACAACCAAAUACUCCCGAUGUUCAGAUUGUAAACUUUUCACGUGGCAUGUACAAAAUGCAGGAUACUCGUACGCCUGGUGCACUUAUUCCUCUAUCCCACAUGAUCUACGUCCACUAAAAUAACCAACAGCCUCCAUGAGCUGUGUUCAAACCAUGAUUCAAUGGUAUACCGACUUCUGUAAUCAUCACAACACAUCCUUCAAGUAUCUCUAUAUUCUUUUUUGAACUACAUUGCACUUUCAAGACGAAAUAUUGACAUAUUAGUAGUACUUUUGCAUAACUCCAAUCAUUUGAAAAAAUAAUUUUUUCAUUCAAAUGCAUACAUUUAUUUACUUGUUUUUGUUUUUUUGCUCCACUAUCUAUCCCAGCCCAGUCUAAACUGUCGAAAAUUUCACUCUAAUAGCAUGAGAUCUUGCUUUGGUCCGUUCAUAUAGAUAUAAAUUUUGAUUACUACAUUUAUCAUUUUCCGUAUUUUGUGGCUUUGAUAUAGUUUCCUUCUUCCAUAACUCUAGCUAGCUUUCUGCAAAACCCUUUACUCUCAUUUUCAACUUUUCUUUGCUUGAGCAAAAUGAAUGAUAUUUAUUAACAAGAGUGACCGAUAUUUUUGCCAGUGAAACUGGUAAUAAAGACAA